AUGUCGCAGGUCCUGCGAUAUGAAGAGAGCUCUUCUCGUAUCCCUCCACUGUCGUCCCAGUAUAUGGACCUCGCCGACCCUUCAAUAAAAUUAGAGAAAAGGUCCCAGAGCACAUCUUCCAUAACACAACCAUCCCAUCAAGGGCCACAUUAUGCAAAGGCCUCCCGAACUCAUCAUCAUACCAGCAGAAAUAUAUCAAAUCCAUCUCGUCCGCUGACGGAGUAUAUCUCAACUUCGGAGAACGUGCAUCGCCCACCCGAGCCUAGUCGUGGUCUCUCAGAUCAACCUAGACACUCAAAUAACAUCCAUCCGCCCUAUCUUCCCACCGUCAUUCGCAGGCAUUCCAGCCCACCGCCAAAUCAAAUGAAUGUAGCACUACGAAGCGUCUCUGAUUCGGUAGUGAGAGAAACCCCAAAAGAAUUUCAUUUGCAGUCGGCUGGCCUUGAAGAAAUUAGCUCACGUAAACCUACGGAAAUGUUAAGACCAGCUCCCAGCACCGGAUCUAUGGAAUCCGCCAGCUCUUCAGUUUCAUCCAGUCCCUCCCAUCAUCUAAACGAUGCAUCUACCCCUGAAAUUGCCAAUCUAGUCGCAGCCGCCGGAUCGGCCGAGGCCGUCAUUGAGUAUCUAUUGAAGGAAAAGAAGUCGCAGACCGCCCAAAAUACUCAACUUUGGAGACUGGUAGAUAAGCAGCGAGCCAUGAUAUUAGGGCUAAAUAAAGACCUCGAGCGAGCGCUGAAGGAUAAAGAGCAUUACAGAAAAAAAACCAAAGCUCUCUUGGCAGAUAUGUUAGGACUCCACAAGGAUCGGCACCUCGUCCCUAAUAACAUGGAUUCCCCGAACGAAGAUCGUACAAGGAGAAUCAGUGUAGAGAAUUUUAAAAUUAACGCUUUCAAAGAAGAUAAGACUACAGACUUGGAUUCCCCAAUCAACGUUGUCUUGGCUCCAUAUCCGGUAACACCCUCCGCCAGUCGAUUUGAUAGCUCUGUAUCUAGCAAUUUAUUCGAACCAGAGCAACACAUGCCACCCACUCUGGUUGAUGAGCUGAAAGAUUUAGAAGAAUUUACUCCAAGUUUCAUUCAUGCUUUAACCCGGGAUGAAUCUCCUGAAUUCUUACCGCCCGAAAAGUACUUGCCUACAUCGCAACCGCCGAACUUGCCUCUACCAAACAUUCCUACGGCAAAAGAGCUACCUUUGCAAACAAUCUUAUCCGAAAAAGGAGAUCAUCAGCAGCGCAGAAGUCCACCGCUCCCUAUUCAUCUUGAAAAUCCUGGUACUUCGGUCACACAAAGAGAUGUCCAUCCAGACAGGCGAAGACCAGCGAAACCUGAUCACGAAAGCGAGACAUUUUCUAAAGAUGAUACUCUAACUAAUAUGGAGACAUCACGAUCUACAGCUUCAGAUAACUCUUCUCUUACCGCUCCUGAACAACAUAUGGAGACAAAUACGAAGCUAGGUGACUCAAAUAUUAACACGAAAGCAAACAAACACAUCAGACAGCCAUCAUCUCCACGGAUCGCUGCUCUUAGGACAACUCCAAGACCAUCUAGAGAUACUUCUUCCCCUACGAACUGUAUUAAUCAAAUCCCUACCGUAAAUUCUCCACCUCCAUCUCCUUUAAUUGUAUUUCAGGUUCCCCAGUAUACUUCGGAUGUGCCGCUUCAGGGAAAUCAUCAGUCAGUUCCUUUCCCGCCUAGUACUCCUACCUCUUUAUCUUCAUCCGGAUCUAUCAGGGCACAAUUUCAAAAGUCUCCUAAACCACCACUUAUUACUAAAAGUGAGCAGGAUUCGGGUAGUAGCUCUGAUGAUAAUUUGUUAUCCCCUGAUACCCAUGAUCCUCGUCGUGACGGUAUUUACCGUGGCCUCGUCACCGAAGAGUUUCCUGAGCUCUUACUUCCCCCCAAAGCUCUAAACUUAGUUGACGUUAAGGUUGCGUCUUCGCGGCUGAAGCCCUCUCGAGCCAGCAUCAUGUCAUCCAAGUCGUUCGAAGAAGAUCCAGUCUUCACCUUAGCCCUUUUUGCCAGGUCCAACGGUAAGGAACUGUGGAGGAUUGAGAAAGACCUACAAUCUCUGUUGGUGUUAGAUCAGGCAUUGAAGCAGUCUUCAACGGUAAGAGCGCCCGAGAAAUCGCUGUUCAAUGGACACGCCCCUGCAAAAGUAGAUGCCAGACGGAUUGCUCUCAACGCAUACUUUGAAAAAUUAUUAGAAUGCCAACAUGCUGCUACGUCAGCGCUUGAGAUUUGUAAAUACCUCUCCUCUAACGUUAUUGAAGCCAAUACCAAAGAUCUUAACCCGGCACCAAGCUUUGGUCUCGCUACCAGCGGAUAUGUAUCUAAUGAACUUAUGCGAAUGCCUCGUAAGCGUGGCUAUUUAACCAAGAGAGGAAAAAACUUUGGUGGUUGGAAAGCCCGUUAUUUUGUGCUCGGUGGUCCAAUAUUAAGGUAUUAUGAUAGUCCCAAUGGCCAAAAUCUCGGAACAAUCAAACUACCAAACGCGCAAAUUGGCAAACAAUCUCAGCCGAGCGCUAAAAACCUGACACUCCGUGCUGACAGCGACGAGUCUGAAAACCAAUAUCGUCACGCUUUCCUCAUUCUCGAACCAAAGAAAAAGGAUUCAUCCAGUCUUGUUCGCCACGUCUUAUGUGCGGAAAGUGAUGCUGAACGCGAUGAAUGGGUCGAAGCUUUGUGCCAGUACAUUGGUUUCAAAGAACCGGAGGAAAAUAAUUCACAAUUACCACCGACGGGAAAAAUAGGGACCAGCACGUCCAGUAACAGUAGCGACAAGAGGUUGAAAAAAAAUGAUUCAAAUAGCCAGGAUCAAGCUUUUGACUCAAGCGGAGAUAGUCUCCUUGGCGUUAGCUACGAAAACACCAAGGUUGGAAAUAAACCCUUUCUUGGACGCAAGAAGGAUAGCAAUGGAAUAGGACCUGCUCCAGGAGCCAUGGGACGAGAGUCACCAAUCCCGGCGCAAAAAUUGGUAGCUAAGCCUACCCCUACCCCAAAAGCCGUAUCAUCCUCCCAAGAAAACAACAUCGGCCGACAUCUCGAAAAUUCAGUAUCACUCAGUGACGAGAAGAUUAAAUUGCGAAAGAGAUCAUUUUUUGGAUUCGGUCACAAGGUCCGGGAACAAGCAGAAACAAUCGAAAUAGAUCCAAAUAAAUAUCUGACCCAGAUGGUUCUUGAGCCACGUGGCCCAAUAAGACAUGUUUUUGGAGCAUCUCUAAUGGAUGCAGUCAAGUACAGUCAUCCCGUUAAUGUCAAGGUUGGACUACCAGCAGUUGUCUACAGGUGUGUUGAGUAUCUAGACGCCAACAAUGCUUGCGGAGAAGAAGGAAUAUUUCGACUCAGUGGGUCGAACGUGGUCAUUAAACAAUUACGGGAACGCUUCAACACAGAAGGCGAUGUGAAUCUUGUCACAGACGAGCAAUACUAUGAUAUACAUGCCGUGGCGUCCUUACUGAAACUUUAUCUCCGGGAGUUACCGACCACCAUCCUUACCAUGCAACUUCAUUUACAAUUUGUCGCUGUUACAGAAGUUAGUGAUGUAAAUGAUAGGAUAUCUGUCGUCAAUCAACUAGUACAUCAGCUUCCACAAGAAAACUAUAUUCUUCUACGAUAUAUGCUCUCAUUUCUGAACAAGAUUAUCAGUCACGCUAACGUCAAUAAAAUGACGGUUCGUAACGUUGGCAUUGUCUUCUCUCCGACUCUGAAUAUACCUGCAUCACUCUUCUCGCUCUUUCUACAACAAUAUACGAAAAUAUUCGAUGACCAACUCUCUCAAAACCAAGAUCAAAAUAUAGCUGUCCCAAAUCCUAAAGGUUCUCCGGAAAAUACAAAAGCUCCUAGUCGACAAGGCACCUCGCCCUCACCACCAAAUACUCGAAGACCGCCAUUUCCCAUGUCAAAAUUGCAGUAUUCUAGCAACGCGAACAACGAAGAAGUACAGAAUUCUCACUUAUCAAGUGGAAAUGGAGCUACAAUAGACCAGGAAUCGCGGAAAGAGCGAACAACGACCAAAGCGAUCGCUACAAGCGACAACCCUACCGUCAACAAGAGUAAUCGUCAAUAUAGUCCAGUGAAUCCAUCAGAAAAGGCCAGGAGAAGAGACAGUAGCAUGUUCGGUAUCAAUAUGGCCGGCCUUGGUCAGCGGCGAGCCAGCAUCAGCAAGUCAGGGUCUUUGCGUACUGCCAAUGGGUCAUAUUUCAUAUGA